UUCGUCUUUGAAGACUUAGUUAUGUAUAUUAUAUUGCAUUUCGGUCAAUAGAUCCUCCUAAAAAUUACACACUGGACCUUUAAGAAGUGAUGUGCACUGCAAUGAAUGAAAGAGAGCUCAUUGAAAUGAAAGAGGAAGGCGAAAAACUAAAAGAAGUGGAGGAGAAAAAUCUGAAACCUCAUGAUUUCAUAACAGGAGAAAAUGAUUGUAAUAGCGCACAGACCAAAAAGGAUUUAUCACAAAUACGACCUCAGACUGAAGCCAAAAAUUCUUUCAUUUGCCAUGAGUGUGGGAAGAGUUUUACAUGUAAAGGAAAUCUUAAGGAUCAUAUGAAAAUUCACACUGGAGAGAAGCCCUUUGCCUGUCCUCAGUGUGGAAAAAGUUUCACACAGAAAGGACAUCUUAAGGAGCACAUAAGAAUUCACACCGGAGAGAAACCCUACACAUGCCAUCAGUGUGGAAAGAGUUUCACCCAGAAGGAACAUCUUAACGAACACGCAAGAAUUCACACUGGAGAGAAGCCUUUUGCCUGUCCACAGUGUGAAAAGAGUUUCACGCAGAAAGGACAUCUUAAGGAGCACAUAAGAAUUCACACCGGAGAGAAGCCCUACACAUGCCAACAGUGUGGAAUGAGUUUCACACACAGAAAACGACUAAAUGAUCACACAGAAACUCACACUGCAGAGAACCCCUUCACAUGCCAUCUGUGUGGAAAGAUGUUUGAACUACCAAGUAACCUAAGAAGGCAUAUGAAAAUACAUUCUCAAAAGAAAUUACACCGAUGUUCUCAGUGUGACCAGUGUUUCCCUCGGCCGUCGCAUCUUAAAAAGCAUCUUAGAAUACACUCUGAAAAGGCCAUUUGAUCACUGUAGUUAAAAACCUUUCACAGCAGGAUUAAAAAGGCACCUGGACAUUUAUGGCAAUGAAGAACUCCACUCAUGUUCUGUUUGUGCUGCCCUUAAGAUCAUCAGAAAAUACACACCAGUGCGAAAGCUCAUGUGUGCUUUGAAUGUUACAAAGCCUUAGCAGUGUUGGUCAUUUGAAACUGCAUGUGAAUGAAAUCUUGGAUUUUCACAGUUUUCAGAACCACAGAGCAGGUUUGCAUAGUGGAUAGAGGUCAUAGUUCCACUGCCGUAUGGGAAUUUUACAAAAUUGAGUUGUUGUACAAGGUAUUUCAAAAAGCUAAACCAGUCAAUACUAAUAGGACGGCUGAAAAGAAAAUGGAAAUAGGGCCAUUUAACUGUUGAAAUUUGCUCGCAGAAGCAAUCAAGCUUAAGUUUGUGGAAGUUAACGGUGGCGUAUAAAUGUCACAUGUUUUUACUUUAACCAAAGUCAGUCAUUUAUAGUAUAUAUUUUGCUGAUUGUUAAUCAUGAAAUUGUGAAAAAUGUUGUACUGAAUGGCUGUUUCGUGUAUUGGACUUUCAAUGUAUCUAAUUUUGUUUAAAGGAUCCCUGGGUAUAGAGCGAUGUAUGGCUUAAUAUAUGAACAAUGGCAUUGACUUUAUAAUUGUGAAAUAAAAAAACAGUGUAACUGUCACAGUAUUCAUAAACUUUGAAGAAAUAUUUUUACUUGGAAGCCGCCAUUUUUUUUUUAUUCUGACGUCAAAUGGUUGCGACCUAAAUCUAUUCUCUUUCGCAACUGAGAAGCACACACGUUUUCCAUAUAUAACAGUAAAAUAUGAGACGUAAAACAUAAGGUCAGAUAUACAAACACACAGGGACAACAGGUGGCGGUAUGUCCUCUUGACACAAGCCAGCCUGCCAGCCAUAAAAGAAGAACGCGUUCAGUAUUAGACGUCUGUUCAAGGUGAGCGUGCGUUAAAUCAUAGCUUUAAACUACCAUCUUUGAGACAUUUAAGACUAUUUAAGACAUCAGCAUCCACCAUAAUCAUAUACUUUAUACAUUAUGAGAAUAUACUGAUAAACACAAUAAUAAUGCUUGCGGUUUGGUUAUUUAUUCUGUAUUAGAGCACACGUGAAUAUUAGCCCCCGUCAGCUAAUGACCGAGGGAGAGAAGACAAGAACGUUAGGCUACUGAUGUGGAUAAAUCAACAUCAAAAAGUCAAAAUCUGGAUAAAAUGCAUUGUAUAAUGGCUAAAACAUCGUGUAUAUGAUAAAUUCAAAAUGAUUUUGGUUAUUAAUAUGCACGUUUGUGUUGUUUCUGACAAACAAUAUUAAAAUGUAGGAAAAUACACCAAAUAGCAUCUUUAUUUUCUUUCUUUCUUCUUUUAGCAUGAUAUAAAAGGAGGAGCGACAACAGUAAAGGACGAGAGAGAACCAGGCUUGGACUUUACGUUAUGUUUUAUUAUGUGUGACCGGCAGUCGACCGUGAGGGAGCUGCCGGCAUUUUACUUCCGUUUUGUUGUUUGUUUAUUUUAUUAAAGUUUUGUUGUUCAACGUUCGCCGGUUCCCUCUUCCU